CGCCCUUUCAAUUGGAUCGUAAUAGCACCCAUGUCUCCGCUACGUUGUUGGUCGUCGUCCUUAUCAAUUAACCAUAUCCAAAGAGUCUUUUUCCGCUCGAUUGAAACGGCCGCUGCAUCCGCAUCUUCCACCGAGCCAAGAACCCACUUCAAAAUCACUCUCCGUCGUUCUGCCAUCGGUCUCGGCGAAAAGAAGAAAGAGACUCUUGUCUCCCUCGGUCUGCAUAGACGUAUGCAGACUGUCUACCAUCCACACACCCCAGAGGCUGGAGGAAAGAUAUUGAAGGUGAAGGAGCUCGUCGAGGUGGAAAACGUCCCUGCGAGUGCCGUCCGCACUCAGGAGCAGCAGCGGCAGGAGCGGAAAGCACCCAGGGGGUAUGCCGUUGCCGGUUCGAGAAUGAGAGCAUUUCAAUGGGAGAGGACGAAAUGGCAAUGACAGAUACCAUGCAGUGGGAACCAUAAUCUUCGAUCUCGACAUUCGCUGUAUCGUGCUGGAGCGUCUACUCUGUUCUUCCGCCUUGCUCGGUAUUGGUAUUGGUAGUGUCCUGUGUACUUUUUCAACUGAACAAGGCAGACCGGCAAAUUUUGACCGCAAUGCUUCGUACUUGCGCCUCUGGCUCAGUGACACGCUCGGUCCGACCU